AAAUAAUUGAGAUAAAUAUCAAUAUAAACCAUUCAUUUAAAAUGAAAUUUCAUUUAGUGGGACAUUUAAAAAGAGGAAGAAAAAUCAAAAGACAAGCCAAAAUAAAUAGAAAACGUAAAGCUAAAGCAAACAAGCCUAUAGCUAACCUCACUACACUUUCAAACCCUCUCUCAGUCUCUCAUCAAAAUCCGAGAAAACCCACAAAAAGAAAAAGUUAAAAGAAACCCUAAUCUAAAGAUCCGAUCAUCGUCAUCUUCACUUCUCUCUGGAUCUUCACCUUUUGUUUUAUCUCUUUUGCUUUUAUCUUCUGUUUCUAUAUAUCUUGCCUUAAAUGAAAGACAGAGGAAAGAGAACAGCAAUGGAGAGAAGAAACGACGACGUUUCCUUUCCCGAGUUCUCUUGUCGAAAACAUCCUUCAGUUUACGUUGUCGGAAUCUGUCAGUACUGUCUCAACGACCGUUUAGUUAACCUCGUAUGUUCCGAAUGCGGCGAACAGAGACUCUCUUCUUGCUCUUGCUCAGAUAUCUCUCCUGACCGAGCCUCAAACGCCGCCGUAGACGCCGUGAACGUAAAGAUCUUCUCUCUCAUCGAUACAGAGUCGGCGAAACAGAGGAAACCGACGAGAAAAACAGAGGAAGAAGUUGUGGUGUUCAAGAGGAGUAGUAGCAGUUGCGUUGAGAUUAAGAAGACGAAGCAUCACAAAUUCUCGAGACUCGGGAGGUUCUUCAGGAAGAUUAACCCGAGAAAGGAGAGAGCUUUCGAUGACAACGAGAACGAGAACGAUUCUUGGGUUUUGAAACAGAGUGUUUCGAGAUCGAGAUCGCUCUGUAGCUUCCGAGGAGGGAACGGGUACUUUAUCGGGUCGGAAGAAGACGUGUCGUCUUACUCCGGCGCGAGGAGCUCGUUCUCCGCCGCGAGAAGCUCCAGCGUCAACGGCGGGUUAGGGGUUCUCGAAACAGAGCAUCGGAGGAGUAACUUCGAAGGGAGGAAAAGCAAUUUCAGCGAGAAGAGUAACUUCGAAGGGAGGAAGAGUAACUUCAGCGAGACGACGGAGCACCGGCGGAGUAAUUUCAGUGAGUCGGAGCCGCCGAGGAGGAGCUGUUUCGAGGCGAGGAAGAGUAACUUCAGUGAAACAGAGUAUCCGAGGAAGAGUAACUUCAGCGAAACAGAGUAUAAACAGAGUAUACCACGUAGGAGCAAUUACGAAGCGGCGCCGAGGAAGAGUGAUUCGUCGGCGAUGAGUUUCACGAGGAGGGUUUUGUCGAUGAAAGAGAGUUACUUUACCGGAGGAGAGGAGCCAGGGUUUAUAGAUCUCAAGUUCGAGUCCUCUGGAGGAGGAGGGGAAGUAGUGGUAAACGACAGCGUUUUGGAGCGUGGAGGAGGAGGGUCUUGCCGGUUAACGAAGAAGGAUCGAGAGGUGAGUAAGAGUCGAAGGACGAGUUUCAAAGGGUGGAAAUGGAUAUUCGGACAUCAUCAUCAUCUUCAUCAUUAAAGAGAUUCAUCAUGAUGAUGAUGGAGAUUGAAGGAAACAGUUGAACUAUUUGUGUUAUCCGAUAUCAAUCUUAGUUGAAAUGCUUUUGUUUUUCUCUAGUGAUUUAUCAUUUUGUUUUAUUGAAUAGUAUAAUUUAUCGACGUCUCAUUUUGAAAUGAUAGAGAUGAGAUUAUGAGUGUACACAACAUAACCGGUUUUAAUCCAAGUCUUAUUUUGUAAUCUGGUAACAUUGGGGGUUCUUAUGUAUUUAAUUGAUCACUUUGCUUCAAUAUUUGUGAAGG